AGAACCUACAGAAACCGUCGAUCUACCCAACGGGAGUGGUUCCGCAGCCGUACGCGCCGCCGUCUGACCAGAAGAUGAUUCACGCGCCGCUCGUGUCCGGCGCGUAGGCCCACGCGCCGCUCGUGUCCGGCGCAUAGGCCCACGCGCCGCCGCCGUUUCACGUCACCGCCCAUCCCAUUCCCUUCUACGCGUCGUCGGAUGUCCAACCGUCAAACCCUUCUGGCCAUCCGCAUCCUCACGCGCCGUCUAUGAGCUCCAGACAACAACCCUCAACCGUAAAUCUUUCAAAUCAGUACAGUAAGCAGCAGCUGUACGUUGACUCUUUACAGCAACCGCUGUUUUCUGGUAACGGAAUUGAUCAACCCCAAAACUGAUCGGACAUUGAAGCGGGCGAAUCUUCAACGCAUUCCAAACCAACCGAGUUGCCGAUGUAUUCCAAGAACCCGGUAACUUCGUUCCCUAAUUCACAGUCAAAUUAUAUAACUGGCUCUUUGGGUUCGUCUACAGGGAACUUUUCAGGCGAAAAAUUAAACGGUCAAAAUUAUUUUUCUUGGUCCCAAUCAAUAAAGAUGUUCCUCGAAGGUCGAUACCAGUUCGGCUUCUUAACUGGAGAGACUGUACGUCCUCCACCAGGAGACGCCUUGGAACGACUCUGGAAAGGAGAGGACUCACUUAUUCGGUCCAUGCUGAUUAAUAGUAUGGAACCACAGAUCGGCAAGCCUCUACUAUAUGCAGCCACAACAAAAGAUUUGUAGGAUACAACUCAGACACUUUACUCGAAAUGACAGAAUGCCUCUCGGUUAUAUACACUGCGAAAACAGGUCCAUAAUUGCAAACAAGGGACCCUGGACGUAACUACCUAUUUUAACAAGCUCUCUCUCCUCUGGCAAGAGAUGGAUUUGUGCAGAGAGACAAUUUGGGACACACCAAAUGACAGUACACAAUAUGCUAAACUUGAAGAGGCUGACCGUGUUUAUGACUUCCUUGCAGGACUUAAUCCCAAAUUUGAUAAUGUUUGUGGUCGUAUACUCGGACAAAGACCUAUUCCCUCCCUAAUGGAAGUUUGUUUUGAAGUCCGCCUGGAAGAGGAUCGCAGUAAUGUCAUGGGUGUAUUGACUACCCCUACCAUUGACUCCGCUGCCUUUAGCGCUCGGUCCUCAAAUCAUGACAGUGACAAGAAUAAUGGGAAGUCAAUUCCUGUGUGUGAGCACUGCAAGAAACAAUGGCACACCAAGGAUCAGUGUUGGAAACUCCACGGUCGUCCCCCAGGAGGUAAGAAACGGUCCUCCAACGAGAAACAGAACUCAGGACGUGCCUACAUUAGUGAGACUACACCUGCUAGCACUUCUCAAUCAACUGAUCCUACUGCGAGCCAGACCAAGACUCCGACUCUGGGUGCCAUUGCUCAGUCAGGACAUGAGCUCGGGGAGGACGAUUGGCACUGCCCGGCAUAGCAGGGGACUUUACAUCCUUGAUGAUGAUACCUCAUGUAGUACUUUGUCUAGGGUUAGUUUACUGUCAUCCUACUUUAGCACUUCUGAACAAGACUGUAUGUUGUGGCAUUUUCGACUGGGCCACCCAAACUUCACAUAUAUGCAAUAUUUAUUUCCCCACCUUUUUUCUAAACUUGAUGUCUCUUCUCUAUCUUGUGAUGUGUGUAUCCGGGCUAAACAACAUCGAGUCUCUUUUCCCUCACAACCAUAUAAACCUACACAACCAUUUAACCUCAUCCAUAGUGACGUUUGGGGUCCUUCCAAAGUCACCACCUCCUCGGGAAAGCGGUGGUUUGUAACUUUCAUUGAUGACCAUACCCGUCUUACCUGGGUCUACCUUAUCACAGAUAAAUCCGAGGUUCCAUCCAUUUUCCAAAACUUCUAUCAUACUAUCAAAACACAAUUUCAUACAAAAAUUGCAAUUCUUCGAAGUGAUAAUGGUCGGGAAUUCCAAAACCGUAACCUUAGUGAAUUUCUAGCCUCCAAGGGGAUUGUUCACCAAACCUCAUGUGCCUACACUCCUCAACAAAAUGGAGUGGCCGAACGAAAAAACCGACACCUUGUGGAAGUAGCCCGUUCACUUAUGCUUUCCACUUCCCUUCCAUCAUACCUGUGGGGAGAUGCUAUUCUUACAGCUGCUCACUUAAUCAAUAGAAUGCCUUCUCGUAUCCUCCACCUUCAGACUCCCUUAGAUUGUCUUAAGGAGUCUUGCCCCUCUACUCGUCUUGUUUCUGAGGUUCCUCUUCGUGUGUUUGGGUGCACCGCCUAUGUCCAUAAUUUCGGCCCUAAUCAAACCAAAUUUACCCCUCGGGCUCAGGCCUGUGUGUUUGUUGGGUAUCCCCUUCACCAACGCGGUUAUAAAUGUUUUCACCCGCCGUCUAGGAAAUAUUUUGUCACUAUGGACGUUACUUUAUGUGAAAACCGACCCUACUUUCCCGUUAGCCAUCUUCAGGGGGAGAAUGUGAGUGAAGAGUCUAACAACACCUUUGAAUUUGUUGAACCUACUCCUAUUACCGUGUCUGACAUUGAUCCUCAUCCCAUAAUCUUACCCACAAACCAAGUUCCUUGGAAAACAUAUUACAGGAGGAAUCUCAGAAAGGAAGUUGGGUCCCCCACUAGUCAACCGCCGGCUCCAGUCCAAAAUUUCGAACCUCCUCGAGACCAAGGUAUGGAAAACCCUACAAAACCUUGUACUAAUAAUACAAUAGUGAGAAUGACAAGUCUGAUGUUGCUGUUCUUGAAAAUAUGGAAGAAAAGAACCGUGAUGAUGAGACUGAGGUUAGAAUAGAAACCAGUAACGAUGAAGCUGAACAGGGUCAUACAAGAAAACUUGAUGAGUAUGAUCCCUCUCUUGACAUUCCAAUUGCAUUGAGAAAAGGUACCAGAUCAUGCACUAAACAUCCCAUUUGCAACUAUGUUUCCUAUGAUAAUCUCUCUCCACAGUUUAGAGCGUUUACAGCAAGCCUUGACUCUACCAUAAUACCGAAAAAUAUCUACACUGCUCUAGAGUGUCCUGAAUGGAAGAAUGCUGUUAUGGAAGAGAUGAAGGCUCUCGAAAAGAAUGGAACUUGGGAGAUCUGUGCUCUACCCAAGGGACAUAAAACUGUAGGAUGCAAAUGGGUAUUCUCUCUCAAAUACAAAGCAGAUGGUACGCUUGAUAGACACAAGGCAAGGUUAGUUGCAAAGGGGUUCACUCAAACCUAUGGUAUUGACUAUUCAGAAACUUUUUCUCCAGUUGCUAAAUUGAAUAUUGUUAGAGUCCUGCUAUCUGUUGCUGUGAACAAAGAUUGGCCUCUAUAGCAGCUGGAUGUUAAGAAUGCUUUUUUGAAUGGAGACCUUGUGGAGGAAGUCUACAUGAGCCCCCCACCAGGAUUUGAAGCCCAAUUUGGUCAGCAGGUGUGUAAACUCCAAAAAUCUCUAUAUGGUCUGAAACAGUCUCCGAGAGCAUGGUUUGACAGAUUCACUACCUUUGUCAAGUCCCAAGGGUAUAGUCAAGGGCACUCUGACCAUACUUUAUUUACAAAGGCUUCCAAGACAGGAAAGAUUGCUAUUCUAAUAGUUUAUGUGGAUGACAUUGUUUUGACUGGAGAUGAUCAAACAGAAACCAGUCAACUAAAGCAGAGAAUGGGUGAUGAAUUUGAAAUCAAAGACUUGGGAAAUCUGAAAUAUUUCCUUGGAAUGGAGGUGGCUGGAUCAAAAGAAGGUAUUUCCGUGUCUCAGAGAAAAUACACCCUUGAUUUGCUAACCGAGACAGGUAUGUUGGGAUGUCGUCCUGCUGAUACUCCUAUUGAAUUCAACUGUAAACUAGGAAACUCUGAUGAUCAAGUUCCAGUUGAUAAAGAACAAUAUCAACGCCUUGUAGGUAAAUUAAUUUACUUAUCCCAUACUCGUCCUGAUAUUUCCUUUGCUGUGAGUGUUGUCAGCCAGUUUAUGCAGGCUCCCUAUGAGAAACAUAUGGAAGCUGUUAACAGAAUCCUGAGAUACUUGAAAAAUACACCUGGUAAAGGGUUGUUGUUUAGAAAAACAAAUAGAAAGACCAUUGAGGCAUAUACUGACUCAGAUUGGGCAGGAUCUGUUAUUGAUAGAAAGUCUACCUCUGGUUAUUGUACCUUUGUUUGGGGCAAUCUUGUAACUUGGAGGAGUAAGAAGCAAAGUGUUGUGGCCAGGAGCAGUGCUGAGGCUGAAUACAGAGCUAUGAGUCUGGGAAUAUGUGAGGAAAUUUGGCUCCAGAAAGUCUUGUCAGAUCUUCAUCAGGAAUGUGAGACACCAUUGAAGCUUUUUUGUGAUAAUAAAGCCGCUAUUAGUAUUGCUAACAACCCAGUUCAACAUGAUAGAACUAAACAUGUUGAGAUUGAUCGGCAUUUCAUCAAAGAAAGACUUGACAGUGGAAGCAUAUGCAUUCCGUACAUUCCUUCAAGCCAACAGAUUGCUGAUGUUCUUACCAAGGGGCUUCUCCGACCACACUUCGACCUUUGCGUUAGCAAGUUGGGACUCAUUGAUAUUUACCUCCCAACUUGAGGGGGAGUGUUAGAAUUAGUACUUUUGGAAAGAAUAAAAUAUAAGAUUUUAUUUUCUAAAUAUUUCCUAAAUCUUUUCCUUUCUUAUUCCUAUUGUACUCUAUUUAU